CGAGGAAGUGGAGCUCCACGCGCACACGCCCAUCUCAGCUCCUCUUCAUCAGCCUUCAUCACGAGCACGCGCCCCGGGGGGAACCUGCAGGACGACUCAGAGUGUUGAAGCAUGGACCGGGAGCUGCCUCGAUCGCCCCAGUCUAACCACGGAGGCUCCACCAAUGGAAGCGGCCCUCCGGCCUCCGGCGCCACCACGGUCGACUCCUCCUCCUCCUCCUCCCCCCCCACUCCCACCCCCCCUCGGCUCACACCCAACCCCCUGCUCCUCGACCCCCCAGCGCCCACGCUGACCCCCACCACCUCCUCCCCUCCUCCCCCCCUCACCCCUGCUCCCUCCCUCUCUGGGAGCCAUGGCCCCAAGAUGGCGGCGGCGGCGUCUCCUCACAUCCUGGUCCCGGCCCCCCCGAGACUCAGCUCCACCGUGACCCCCCCCCUCCGCACGUACUCUCGCCCCAUCCUUCCCUCCCCGACGACGGGGGUCUCCAAGUCACUUCCUGCUGCUCAAACCUCCUCUUCCUCCUCUUCCUCCUCUUCCUCCUCUCUCCUCCCUCCGUCCACUCCUUCCUCCUCUCACGCCCCCCCUCUCCUCCCCUCCUCCUCCUCCUCCUCCAGCGCCAUGGCAACAAAGACCUCCACCAGCCUGACCAACGGGAACAUGAGGCACGGAUCCACGCCGACCUCCACGCCAAUCACGCCAUUCCACACACCAGCCAGUCCCCCUGGCCGACAGGUGUCUCAGGCUCAUCCUGUGGUGUCACCUGGUCUUGUGCGAGCCAAUCAGAUGCCCUCCCCUGUCAGGCCGAGGGUCUCCCAGCAGACACUGCUCCUGGGGAAAGGUCUCAGAGGGUCCGGCCAAGACCAGGUGCUGCUUAGAGCUCAGAUGCUGAUUCUCACGUCGGCCAUGCGACCCGCCCCCCCCUCCUCCUCCUCUUCCUCCUGCUCUUCCUCCCCCUCCUCUAGCCCGGCCUCUGCUCAGCUCCAGAGUCUCACCCUGAGGCCUCCUCACCCCCGGGCCCUCACCAUCCCCCCGUCGCUCCGUCUCAAGCCCCCCUCCUCGGCUCCGCCCCCCCUCUCUCGCCCUCACGCGCCGCUCUUCCCGCCUCUCAGGCCACGCCCACAGCCCAGCACCACGGCAACGGGGAGCCCGACCACGCCCUGCCGCCACCUCUCGGUCCCGCCUCCAACUCUCUACUCUCCCGUCCGAGCCGUCCCUCUGAGGCCACGCCUUCACUCUCCGAACGGUCACCGAGCGCCGGCGCCCCGGCACGCCUCCAUCCUCAAGCCAAUCGCUGCUGCUCCCUCCGGUCAGGCCCCUCCCACCAUCGGCAGGCCGCUGUGCAGACUGAAGAGCUGUCCGUCAACUGUGCUCGCUCCCGGCCAAUCACAGCACAGCUCGCUGUCCAUGACCAAUCCUUCUUCCCACUUCGAGCACUCGCCGUCUGCGGCGCGGCAGCUGCAGAUCAUCGCGCUCUCCUCCGGACGCCAGCCUCAGCCCGGAGUGUACGCCCACGCGGCGGUGCAGGCUCCUCCUCCGUUCGCUGAGCCGCUGGAGCGUUCGGGCCAAUCGCGGCUUCCUCCUCCUCUCAACCCCUCGUUGCCAAACACAACCUCCCCUCUGCCCUCGCCGCCGUCUCUCCUGAGUCCCGCCUCCCCGCCGAGUCAAGCUGCAGCUCAGUCACAAGCUGUGGUCCAGAGAGGAGAGACGAAGGAGGGGGAGGAGCAGAGAGAGAGAGGGCGGGGGGGGCGCCCAAUCAGAGACGAGGGGACGGUCGACCUGAGGCUGGAGAGAGACGACCAAAGAGAGAGAGCGAAGGAGGAGAAAGCCCGGCUCCCAACCCAGAAGGAGAUCAGUCAGAAAGAGCAGGAAGCUGCGCUGGGCAGACAGGAAGUGGAAAUGGAAGUGACGGAGGAAGGUCAGGGUGACGAAGAGGAGAAGAUGGAGGAGGAAGCAGAGAGCGCCACGGACCGGUCUGAGCAGCUCAUCACCAGUCAGCUCCGCCCUCAGCACCAGAGCCCGGACCCCAUCCCGACGCCUGAUGCUGUUACAGACUCCAGCGUGGAACUCAAACCCCGCCUGGGUCUUAUCCUGGCCCCGCCCCCGGUCCAGGCUUCAGCCCCGCCCCCGGUCCAGGCUUCAGCCCCGCCCCCGGUCCAGGCUUCAGUCCCGCCCCCUGUCCCAGUCCCGCCUCCUGUCCCUGAGGCGUCCGUCCAAAGGCUGCAGGAGUCUCACCGAGAGGCCGUCAGUCAGGAGGACUUCUGUGAGGACAUGUCCACGCAGUCCGACAACCAGUCAGCUCUGUCCAGCCUCUCCUCCCAGUCCCCCCCCUCCUCACCCUUCAUCCCCCCCUCCGCAGAGCACCCCCCCCUCCUCCUCCCCACUCACCCCCCCCACACGGCCGACCUGGGACCCUCGCGGCAGGAGCCACAAAAGGUCGAGGAGACGGUCGAGGAGUCGCAGCCUCUCGGCCAAUCAGAGGAGGAGUCAGAGAGCAGCCCCUGGGAGCAGAGGGCGUGGCCUGAGGGACGACUGGUUCUGACUCACCUGGUGGAGGGGUUCGUCAUCCAGGAGGGGCUCCAACCGUUUCCUGUGAACCGUUCCUCGCUGCUGGUUCCUGAGCCGGUGACGACGCCACAGGAAGUGAACGGGACCAAUGGCAGAGCAGCGUUGCCUGUGACGGACACGCCCACACAGGCCGAGCCCUCCACCGACUCAGAGGAGGAAGACGCCGGCGACACGGACGACCCCGAGACGACGUCGGCUCCCAGGGACCGAACGGUGCUUCACUGCCAGUUCUGUGGGAAAAGAGGCCACGCCCACAACUUCAUGCGGUCCAAGCGCUUCUGCUCCACUUCCUGUGCUCGCGGGUUCAACGUGCGUCUGACCAAACGCCUUCGGGCUCUGAGCGCCGGCAGCCGGGCCGAGCGACCGCGGCCGGCGCUGAACCGAGCCGAGUCGGUGCCGGGGAAACCUCUGCUGCUGCGGCUGUUCUCCCACGACUCCGUCCAGCCGCGGGAUCUGUGGAGCGCUGGACGCCGUGAGAAGGAGGGAAGGGAGAGGCCGGCGGCGGAGGAGGAAGAGGAGGAGGAGGAAGAGGAUCAGGACAUGGAGGAGGACAUGGAGGGAGGAGGAGAGGAGGAAGGGGAAGAUGGAGGAGAGCAGGAUCCUGCCGUUGCCAUGACAGCGAGGAUGGAGCGGCGGGCGGCUCGGAGGGCGAGGAGGGCGUCGGCUCCUGCCACGACCACGACCACCUCCACACCCACGACCACCUUCAAGCCCGCCCCCUCUCAGUGGAGCGUGGAGGACGUGACUGCCUUCAUACACACGCUGCCAGGCUGCAGUGACGUGGCCGAGGCGUUCCGGCUGCAGGAGAUCGACGGCCAGGCUCUGCUGCUGCUGACCGAGGAUCACCUGAUGACCAGCAUGAACAUCAAGCUGGGACCGGCUCUGAAGAUCUGUGCUCACAUCAACGCGCUGAAGAACCAAUGAGGA